AUGAAGGCUAAUGCAAUAAUAGCUUUCUUUCUUAUCUCGACGACAACUGCAGAUUCUAAAUUUUUUGUUAAUAUUAAUCCAGAAGAAGGUGCAUAUCAGUCGGCGUACUCACUUGUCUCUCUUGGUCUUUAUUUGGAAGAAGAUGCCCACAUAUUACCUUAUCUUUUUGGAUAUCUGGAAAAUUUAGACUAUCCUAAAGAUCGAACAAAUUUGGAUUUUUAUGUGAAUAAUCGAGUGGAUGCAACAGUUCAAAAAGUAAAGUGGUGGUUAAAAGAGGUGGACAGUUUGUAUCACAAAACGCAGCUUACACUCAGUCCCGAUAAUUGGCGUGAAGAUGCAAUUCGAAGAGCUCGUCUUUCGCGAUCAGACUAUGUUUUGUUGUUAACGGCCGAUCAUUUUUUUACUGAGCCACAACUUUUACAAAAAUUAAUUGACGUUAAAACUCUGGCAAUAUCUCCAGUGUUGGACGAUCCUUGGAUUUCGCAUUCACAUCUUUCGCCUGCUCAAAACCCACUACAAAGCAGUAUACCAUUAUUUAUUUAUUUAUCACAUAGUGAUGCAUCAUACAUUACCUUUUCUUCCGAAAACCUCUCUCACUAUGAUCAAAGUGAAGACCCUUAUGAUGUCUUCAUCGUAUCUUUGGCUCGCAUAAGGGCCAGUAUUGUAUUCUUCAAUCAAAGCUAUUUUGGCUAUAAUUUGAACUGCAAUCGAUGCUCCCCGGAUUUAAGGAGAAUGAGGAUGAAUUAUUUGGUAGCUGACAUCAUUAAUAGUUUUGGGUUGGGUGCGAUUCCUGUUUCAACCGUUAUAAAACCAUGGUAUCCUAAACCGUCGUUAUUCGGGAUGGAUCAAAUUUAUGUGAUUAAUUUACAGCGCAGGCCUGAACGUAAAAAGAAACUUGAGAAAGUACUAAAGCUGAUGGGCUUUAAGUAUCGGAUUUGGGCUGCCACAGAUGGUGAACGUCUUUAUGACGAACCACUUUCCAAGAAGAUUGCUUUGCUUGAAAAGUAUGAGGAUCCUUACUACAAAAGACCAAUGAAGACUGGUGAAAUUGGCUGCUUCCUUAGUCAUUACCGCAUCUGGAAAGACGUCGUUAAAAACGAAUACAACCGAGUGAUCGUUUUUGAAGAUGAUAUCAGUUUUGAAAUGGACAGUACAAGUCGUCUUGCUGAGCUUGUCGAGGACGUAGAUGCUUCCUCAUUUGUUUGGGAUUUUAUCUACCUAGGCCGGAAGCAGAUGAGUAAGGAUGGAAACAGUUGGGUCGCAGGUAUCCGUCACCUCAGCACAGUGGGUUAUUCGUAUUGGACCAUAGGUUAUAUGCUUGCCCAAACAGGAGCACAAAAGCUCCUUAAAGCAAAACCGCUAGAAAAACUUAUUCCUGUUGAUGAAUACAUCCCGAUUAUGUUUGACCGACAUCCAAAUGCGACUUGGAAAGCCGCUUUUGCAAAUCGUAAUCUUCUCGCGUUCACCGUGUAUCCGCCAUUAAUUCGUCCAGAAAAGUACACUAACGAUGAGGGGUAUGUAAGCGAUACAGAGGAUUCAUCGGUCGUUGAACAUUUUGAUUUCUCUAAGUUGCGUGAAGAAGCACUGGAAACUGAAGGUCAUAGUCUUGGUGAGAAAUCGGAGUCGAUGUUGGUUUCUUUAGAAGGUUACAAUCCUGAUAAAACUGAAUUAUGA